AUGGGGAGCCUCGUUUUCUUUGCUGUGCUCUUGGCAGUCAGUAUUGCUUCUGCUUCUGUCACUCCUGAACAUCAAGGCCGAAAGGGCUUUUCUCUUGAGGCGGCCAAGAAGUCGAAUUCCAAGCCCGAUUUCGUUCGAGAAUGGGUGGCAGCUCACCAGAAAUGGGGAAAGGGUGUCUCUCCAGAGACUUUGUCUGCAUUCUCACUUCUUGAUGAUGAUGGUCGUGUCGAUGUGAAGCCCCUUGGAGCAGAUGAAAUCUACAUCGCCGACGUCAAAGUUGGAACUCCGCCUCAGACCCUCAAGAUGGCCCUCGACACUGGCUCUGCAGACUUGUGGGUGCAAUCUAUGGACACAAUCUAUCGAGCCAACCCCGAAGUUGACGGAACUCAUGCUAAUGGCGUCGUCUACCUCGAUACCGUGCGUCUGGGAGACUUUGAACUCAAGAAUACAGCUAUCCAGUCUGCUCAAAUCGUUGCCCCUCGCUUUGAGCGCGAAACUGAACUCACAGGCAUCUUGGGCCUUGCCAAGUCUCUUCCUAGCAACAUCGACCCUCCGACUCCGUCUCUCCUCGAUAAGCUUCGUCCACUACUCGACGAUCCAGUCUUCACUGUCGAUAUGCGUCGAAACGCGACAGGUCGCUUUGAUUUUGGUUACAUUGACGAGAGCCGAGCCAAGGACAACAUCUCAUGGAUGGCCACACGAGAGGAUAGCCCCCAUUGGGACGUCACAUUCGAUACCACAGCCUGGACCGGUCUUCGUCAAGUCUGGAUGGCACACACCUUCGAGGCUACUAUCGACACGGGAACUACACUUCUGUUCCUGCCCGGAGACCUUGCCAGUAUGUACUGGUACGACGUUCCAGACAUGAGGGUUGAUCCUCGUCUCGGCGACUCGUUCACGUUUCCUUGCAAGUUUUCCAAUGAUCUUCCAGACUUGAUGUUCAAAGUGCCAGGUACAGAGCACAUUUUGAAGAUCCCUGGGCCGUACCUCAGCUACAGCACAACCGACAACGAUUCGGAUUACUGCUGGGGCGGUUUGCAGAGUGCAGAGAGCUUGGGAGUGACCAUCAUUGGCGAUAUUGCGCUCAAGGCCCUGUACGUCGCGUUUGAUCUCGAGAACAACAAAGUCGGGUUUGCCAACAAGGAUCUCGAUGAUAUCGAUGAAUGGUAG